AUUAAAAUGGAAACCGCAGAGGAAAUUCACGCUGAUAUUCAAAUGAUCAUGGAUGCAUGUGCAAAUAUGGAUGAUGAAGAUCUAUAUACCGAAAUGAAAGAGCUUGAAAAGCAAAUUGAGUUUGUUGAUAUCCAAGAAGAGUAUAUUAAAAACGAACAGAAGUUUUUAAAGAGAGAGUUUAUCAGAGCUAAGGAGGAAGUGAAAAAGAUUCAAAGCGUUCCCCUUGUUAUUGGACAAUUCUCUGAGAUGAUUAAUGAGAACUAUGGAAUUUGUACUAGUACUACAGGUACAAAUUACUAUGUCAGAGUUCUUUCUACUUUGAACAGAGAAGAGCUUAAACCAAAUGCAUCAGUAGCUUUGCAUAGGCAUUCUCAUGCCGUUGUGGAUAUCUUACCUCCCGAGACUGAUUCAGCUAUUCAGAUGAUGAAAAUGACUGAGAAGCCAGAUGUUACUUACCAAGAUGUAGGAGGAUUGGAUGUGCAGAAACAAGAAAUUAAGGAAGCUGUUGAAUUACCUUUAACGAAUCCUGAACUUUAUCAGCAAAUUGGUAUUGACCCACCAAGAGGAGUUCUUCUUUAUGGACCACCAGGAACAGGAAAAACAAUGAUGGCUAAGGCUGUAGCCCAUCAUACUGAUGCAGCCUUUAUUAGAGUUGUAGGAUCUGAAUUCGUACAAAAAUAUUUGGGAGAAGGUCCAAGAAUGGUUAGAGAUGUCUUUAGAAUGGCCAAAGAAAAUGCUCCAAGUAUUAUCUUUAUUGAUGAGAUUGAUUCCAUUGCAACUAAAAGAUUUGAUGCACAGACAGGAGCUGAUAGAGAGGUUCAGCGUAUUUUGAUUGAGCUCCUGACCCAAAUGGAUGGAUUUGAUCAGAGUGUUCAUGUCAAGAUUAUUAUGGCUACUAAUAGGCAUGAUACUUUGGACCCUGCUCUUUUGAGACCAGGAAGACUGGAUAGAAAAAUUGAGUUCCCUGUCCCAGAUAGACGACAAAAGAGACUUGUUUUCCAAGCAUGAACAGCUAAAAUGAAUCUUCAUGAUGAAGUUGAUUUAGAAGAUUUCGUGAGUAGGCCAGAGAAAAUAUCAAAUGCAGAUAUAGCUUCUAUCUGCCAAGAAGCUGGAAUGCAAGCUGUUCGUAAGAACAGAUAUGUGAUUAUGAGGAAGGACUUCGAAAAAGCCUACAAAAAUGCUGUUAAGAAGCGUGACCAAGACUUCGAUUUCUACAAGUAAUUUGAUAAUAUGCCAACCCAAUCUUGA